GAGGGUGCUGUGUCUGUGUCCACUCAUUGCUCAUAACUCAACAUACCCAAUAGGGCUUACAAAUCAUACUGAAAACUAGACAAAACCCAGAUGAGUUGUUGCUCUGCCAUGGCUUCCCUUCUUAAAGCACCUUCCUUUAUCUCCCCUCUGCACCAAAAGUUGAAUUAUGUCAACUUUUCGCCCAUAACUACGAACAGGCAGUCCAAAUUCUAUCAUGCUAGUGUAAAAAAUGGGAGAUGGCAUGUUCCCAGCAUGAGAAUAAAAGCUCAGAUGGCUGUUGAAGGGGAUUUACUUGACAAGGAAUCAGUCCCUAACAACGAGGAAAGUGAUUAUGGAGUUGUUAGUGUUCACCAUGUUGGAAUUUUAUGUGAAAGCCUAGAAAGAUCACUUGACUUCUAUCAAAAUGUUCUAGGCCUCAAGAUAAAUGAAGCAAGGCCACAUGAUAAGCUUCCCUACAGGGGUGCUUGGUUGUGGGUAGGCUCAGAGAUGAUUCAUUUGAUGGAGCUUCCAAAUCCUGACCCUUUAACUGGACGACCUCAACAUGGGGGUAGAGACCGUCACACAUGUAUCGCAAUCCGGGAUGUUUCUAAGCUAAAAGCAAUCCUUGAUAAAGCUGGUAUCCCCUACACACUUAGCCGCUCUGGAAGACCAGCAAUCUUUACACGUGAUCCCGAUGCUAAUGCUUUAGAAUUUACACAAAUAGAUGAGUAAUGUUUUUGGAUAUUACUUGCCAUGGCAACCCUUUUGGCGUCUAUAAGUCACCAGUAGGCAGAAAUAACUAUACAGAUGAUUGCAUAUAUGUAAAGGCUGAUGGGAUUGUAACUAGUAAUGAUAUGCAAUGGCACUAGCAGAAGCAGAGUACUGGCUCAUCUAGUUGUUCUAAAUUCCAACUUAGAAUAUGCUAUUGGCUUAUAGUUGUACAUCUGUAUGGCUAAAUGGAACGUGCUUAAUGUGAAAUAAUGUUUGAAGAAAAAAGAUUAUGGGAAGUAUUUUUACUCAAAGCAUUAGAAAAA